GGCGCUGCAGCGCUCGGGAGGCUUCUUCGCUUGUACUUUGACACCACUUCCUCUGAAGUAAUGGCGUCUUUAUGAAACAGUCCUACAGCAAAUAUUUAACGAGUACAACAGAAGACCACGUAUUUGAGGCACUCGUAUAUCGAUUCGAGCAAGAUGCCAGUGUCAGUAGGGUCGUAUGGACAGGCUGCCCAGCCCAGCUGCUUUGACAGAGUUAAGAUGGGCUUCAUGAUGGGGUUUGCAGUGGGCAUGGCAGCGGGUGCCAUGUUCGGAACCUUUUCCUGUCUGAGGAUUGGCAUGAGGGGUCGAGAACUAAUGGGAGGAGUUGGGAAGACAAUGAUGCAAAGCGGCGGCACUUUUGGAACCUUCAUGGCGAUUGGGAUGGGCAUCCGAUGCUGAAACCACACUGAUUUAACCUGUCAAGUUCUAAGACUUUAAAGCAUUUCUAGAUUUAUCCAUUUGCCACCAUACCCACAUUCAAGGACAUGGGUGUCAAUAAAGACAGUGAUUUAAAAACAUUGCAGAUUUUCCAGUAAAUCUUGAUCGAAGGUGUAGUAGCCCACAACUGUAGCUCUUUGAUACUUUAAGUACAGCUCUCCUCUUAUUGACUUCCAUUACAGCAGGGUAAAAUCAGCUAGAUGGAACUAAUGAUAUUUACCAGUGACCUUUCUGCCAGUUAGGAAGGGUUGACUAUGACAUCACCACAAAGACAAGAGAAAGAACGGCUAAAAUCUCAUACUUGUCAGUUUCAUUCUGGACAGCCUUUCUAGACUUUGUAGUCCAACAAUGAAACCAAUUUUUAGUUUAAGUAUAUACAAAUAAAAGGCAUACACUAA